UGCAGAAAAAAACCUGAACUGGUCGCGAUUAUUGAAGGUGGUGCCGAAGUUAUCCGAGGACUUCGCGAAAACAUCACGAUGAACGCCUCGCUUUCUUACGAUCCGGAUAUAGGAACUGGAAAUAAUUCAGGAAUGAACUUCACCUGGCAUUUUGGCCAGAUCAAAGGAAACAAUUAUUCAUUCCCGUUGCCUAGUCUUAGUGGUAUAGCCGUUCAAUACUUCGCAAAGAAAGGUUUUGGACGUGUCUUCAUCUUAGUCGCCAACAAACCCUUAUUACUGAAUCAAACUUACAUUAUGAAGUUGGUCGUCACCAAAGACUAUCGAACAUCGAGUGCAUUUCAAGUCAUUAGACUGCAGAAUGGAGAACCACCUAGAAUUUCGCUAAGGUACAUUUUUAGACAGUAUUUUUCAACCUAAUCUUUUUUGUUGUGCCCGUAAUUCUAGCUGUCACUGAUUAUCAAAACGCCGGGCAGUAGAUGUGAUGAAAAUGGUGGAGAAAACAUGUAUAAGUAAGUUGAGAUGAUAACGUCUAUAAUUUUUAUUGCCAAUGAAUGCGUGGUUUCAGCCUCUUCUUUUCGGACACUCAAGGGUGCAUUCAGGGGGCGGCGAGAAAAAAAAGAGCGACGUUGACAGAUUCACUCGCUCCCAUUAUCCUGCCACUGUUGACUGUUUCAGGGUCUCCGUGGAUUUUUAUAAAUCUAACUAAGGGCAACUACAAUGAAAUCUGGGGCGAAAUCUAGUCCCAAUUUGUAAUAACAGUCAGUGAUAAAAAUAAAAAGUUUAGUCCUGUAGCUGUCACUAUUCGCACGAUUUUUAUGGAGUCAAUCCCGUCUCGAGAUGAUCUAUCACACCCACUGUUGCAUCAACGCAAUACCGAGUCACAAGUGUAAACUACAGCUGUACUGUGACAAAUAUUAUUAACAUACCCUACAAUGUGUGUAUUUCUUUUUCAUAUUUAGUUGUCUUCUAAAUUGUGGAGUUCAGACAAGUCCGUCAGUUAGGUUGAGUAUCAAGUCACAGUGCCAGGGUUCUCAGUGCUCCAUAAUAUUCUCCUAUAAAUGGGCGCUCUAUGAACAGAACAAGUCCACCUCAAAUACUAAUCCAAUAUGGCGAAAGGUGAAUAUAUUGCAAAACAUCACAACUACGCCGCUAAACUCAAGUGACAUUGUCAUAAAAGAAAACUCGUUGGAUGGGAGAAAGGACUAUCGAUUGGUGUUAUCUGUAAAAACUAAGGACGGUAUUCAGGGAUUGAGUGCUUAUGACAUUGUUACUGCUACGCCACCUUCAGGAGGAAGGUGCGUGAUCAUUCCGUUCAGCGGCAUCUCAUUAAAGACCGAUUUCAACCUGACCUGCAGCGACUGGGUCAGUGACGCUACCCCUCUGACGUACCAGUUUCAAUAUCGACUGGACAACGGUCUGUACAUUCUGGUAUACUACGGAGUAAACAACACCGUUACUUCAUGGCUACCUCCUGGAAACCGAUCACAUGACUACAAAGUCGAGCUUCUUGCUACUGUAAUUAACAAAUAUGGAGCCUUUGCACCGACUGUUAAUCUUUCUGUCCGGGUGAGUUCAUAGCUCCUUUCGUUAUGAAUCCUAAGACAGUCAAGUCGUGGGUCGAGUUGUUCACAGUCUUGUUCACUCUAAUCCUGAACAAAGCAUUUGAGUUGUCAUGUUAACAAACCCUAGGUCUCAGCUAAUUGUCUUUCAAACAAGUUGAUCCUGUUUAUUGCCUAACAGCGAUCAAGUACCCGUUAAAAAACUAACUGGAAACCGUUAAUAAUCACACUGCACACCGUUCACGGUGAAGUCAGCGGUAUUUUAAAGAAGCCCAUACCAUAUCACCCAAGGAGUCAUAGAAAGUUCUUGCGGCCUAGUUAGGCCUUUAAAGUUAGGCCUCAUCAUUAUAACAUGCACAUGAGCAUGCGCGUCCGACAUGCGCCGCAUGCAAGGUAAUCCAAGUGUCUUAGAUUCUGGAUUCCGCUCAAUGGAUUCCGGAUUCCAGGUAAUGAAUUCCAGAUUCUUUGUCAGUGGGACUUGGAAUCGGACAUCAAUCGUUGAUGGAAUUCUGGAUUUCUUAAGCUGUAUUCCGGAUUCCAAGGCUAUGAACAUGCUCCGAAGUUGAGAAAAAUGCGGAAAAAAAUCGGCGAACAAAGCAAGCUGAGCGGUAGUCUGGGGCGGAGCCUGGAGACUUGCCUUUGACAGAUUCCCAUACUGUUGACAGAUGAAACAACACGUUCUUUAAAUUCGGGAAAGCGUUGUGUUUUAAAACAUGGAUUUCGAGCAAGCAAUACAAAUCCUUUCACCUACGGUCACAUGGACAAAACGAUUGAGUUAAAAACCGGCAUUCAAAAGACACAAAAUUAUAAUUAUGCUCCCUCCAAACGCGUGGUGAACACUAAAAAACAGUGGAUGUAUUUAAAGAAUGCAUGUUGCUUACAGCUAAACCUUGUGCACUGAAAUGGCGUUAACCACACCAUUCUUCACCAUUCGCACAUGGCGUAUUUUCCUCCGAAAAAGGCUUUAUGUCGCUUUGCCGAAGCCGUUACUUCAUUUGGCGAUCGAAUUGAAGUAGAUCUCUUUACAAUCUAUUUCAUCCGGACGAACGAAAUUUUUUUAUACAAAAGCGAGAUAUAAGAAACAUCCGUGAUGGGAACAUUUCAAUGACAUUUCAAUGUUGCUGGAUUGCGGAUCGACGCCAUGAAAGGCAUUUUCUCAGGUUCCGCCUCCCCCUUCCCCUCCCCAGUCUACCGCCGAUUUUUUGUGCUGUUUCACUCCUUUUCCAAUUUUUCCCCAGCGAAGCCUGGUCCCGGGCUAAAGAUUCCAGAUUCCUUAAGCAAAAAAAUUUCACGGAAUCCGGAUUGGGGACAUCUGACCGUCUGUACAAAGAAAUUUGAUAUUUUUCUUAAUAUCGGUGUUAGAUACUGGGAGUGAAACUGACACGGUAAAAUACUAAGUCAUCUGUGGGCUAUGGAAAGAAAUAAGAACAAGCUCUUCGCGAAAAUGGUGUAGAGAAGGCAAAGAAUGCGAGAGGAUCUCCCUCCCCUUCCAUUGCCUCGCCCCCUGCCCCUUACAAAUUUGCUUUUACUCAGUCACGCUUUCUCCUCGCCAUAUUUCCCCAGCAACUAGAAACCUUUCAACAGUCUAAGGCCUCGUGAUUCGUUUGUUGUUUUUGCAGGUUGAACCACCGCAGUCCUUGAGCCCAGCGAACUUUACCAGUGUAUUGACAUCUAAUGAUAGCUUUUUUAAUCAAGUGAUCGAAGCUGGCGAUCUGAACAAGGCAGCACAAAUAUCAAAUACAAUUCUAGAAGCGAUUUCGCGGGAUUCGUCCCUCAGUACAGAGAAAAAAACGAAGGUGAUAUUGUAAAAAAAUAGCGUUUAUAAGGAUCCGCUCAAAACUGAAAAAUAGCGGAACCGACGUUUAGAAACUUUCCAAAUAAUUAAUGUCCCCAUUGGUUGAAAUUCAUGUGGCACUUGGGAGUUUCUUUGAAUUAAAACCGCUAUGCCAGAAAGGAUAUUACUGUUGUAGCGAGAAAAGGACUACUGUUAAGGCUAACUCGAUCUUAAGCAAUUUGCUAUUCAUCCAGUUGGAGCCACGGUGUUGCCAAGUAGUUUCGUGGAAAUAGACCCUUACACGGUUUUUUAAACUUUUUUCUGGGGCUAACUAAUGCAAAUUCGUCAGCACGGCUGGGAAGAACGCCUUGAUAUCAAUCAGUUAAGCUGCCAACACCUUUAUACUUGGAAAGUUUAUUAGUUAUAUUUACGGUGCUAUUUCCAACAGUGUCGAUGGACAUUCGCUUACUGGUGUUCACCUGAACUUAAAGACACCAUGAAAGGGUCUAAUGAUUCGUGUUAAAGUGUAAUCAGUUUUGUUACUUAUCAUAGGUUCAGGAACUGAUUGUCGAGAAAAUUGCCGCAUUGCAAGUUAAGAGUCUGCCAGACCUGCUGCAGUCCUCUUCUGUGAUUGGCUUAGCCAUUCAGGACACUGAAACAACAUCUGUAAAAUCUCUGGUAAGGUGUAUUUACACAUGAAGUCCUCAAAAUCGUCCUACUAAAACAGGGCAGGAAAGGAUGUUUUUAUAACUUUUGCUAUUAUUUCGUUACAUCAUGCACAGUCUCUAAAACGUUUGAAUGACAGGCGCCACUCCCUAAUCCUUCGAGCCUUUUUCUACCAUGAACAACUUCAUGUUCAGAAGUAAUAAGUGCUCAAUGGCUACUCUAUGUAUUUUGGAUUCCUUAUUCGGUUUCCCCCUGAAUUUUCAUUGCGUUGUUCUCAACUUUUCCAGCAAUCUGUGAGCAGAGCCUCCUUUUGUCUUCUCCUUGAUCGAGAAGGAGAAAAGGAGGCUCUGACUGAAUCGCGUCAAACCUUUGAAGUCACCUUAGCCCGAACUGAACUGGUCAAUCUUAUCUGUUCUCGUCAAACAGGUUUUUCGACCGCGAGCAUUCUUGUAUUAAUAUAUCGAUGAUCGUAACUGAGCCCGCAGUACCAGACGCUCGGCUAUUAGGCCUGGGUUCUGUAUCCUAGCAACUUGCAACGCAUCCUCCACAAAGAGACCGAGCUGAACAACGUCUGCGCAUGUGCAGUGACGGGAGAGGUCUGGGAUCUAAACUAGUAUCGUUUUCAAAGGGAUUUUCCAAACAUCCUCACAUUUUCCUGAUUUUUAAUGUGGAUUCUGAAUAUUUAAGGUUCUCAUUUAAACUAAAGGUAGAUUAUUUCAUACUUUAUUCAAUUCUCGUUUCUACCCUUGUAAUUUUUCUUCUACUUUUUUCUAUGAACAACAGAAGACGCACGAACGAAGCGUCCUUGCAAUAAUAGUAUCGUUUGGAAAAGGAUUCUCAAAACAUCCUCUCAUUUUCCCGAUUUUUAAGGUGGAUUACGAAUAUUCAAGGCUCCCAUUUUAACUAAAGGUAGAUUAUUUCAUACUUUAUUGAAUUCUCGUUUCUACCCAUGUAAUUUUUCUUCUACUUUUUUCUAUGAAUAAAAGAAGACGCAGGAACGAAGCGUCCCUGCUAUAAUGGUAUCGUUUGCAAAAGGAUUUUCAAAACAUCCUCACAUUUUCCCGAUUUUUAAAAUGGUUUCCAAAUAUUCAAGGCCCCCAUUUAGACUAAAGGUAGAUUAUUUCAUACUUUAUUGAAUUCUCGUUUCCACCUUUGUAAUUUUUCUUCCGUUUUUUGCUAUGAUCAAAAGAAGAUGCAACGACGAAGCCGAGAAGAGUUCUUUCAUUCGAAUCGAAUGUGUAUGUUCAAGCGUAAACAGAAAUGAAAGACAGACUAUCAAAAUGUUAUCACUUCUAAGAAAUCGUCCGGGAAAUCUCUUAUCAGUGUCAGUAUUAAAGGUACAUUUUGAUAUUUAUCUUCAUUUUUCCUUGAAUGAUCGCUUUUUAGUUAUUUCUCUUGUUACGUCUCGCUAGGUUUCACUAUAAGAACUGUAAGAACACAAAACAAUCACUGAGGUUUCGAAUUCUCUUCUUUCUUCCAAACUUGUUCCCUUUAUGACUCAUUCUUAGCUCAGCUCACAAGAGCUAUCAUAAAUUUUUGUGUAUGACAACAGGCAAGAGAAAGAAAUACAGAGAAAGAAAGAGAAAGAAAUACAGUCGAUGCCUGCUGGUAAAAAAUAUCAAUGAAUUGAAAGGGAGAAGUACUCUUUAAAGUCUACAUCUUCAUUCCUUGAUUCUUCUGCUUCAUUCAGACCUGUUAUAAAUGGAAAACUUAUAGUUAAUACGAAAACUCACAUAGAGCUGAUCCAACUUGUGACUGUUUCUCAAAACCUCACCAGCUUUAAGGUUUAAAAGUUUAUUCAUGAAUAAGCUUAUAGGUGCAAAAUUAAUUAAAUUCUUAACAAACUUUAGAGAAUAAAUACUGAUUCGGCUACAGCUCGACCAGCACUUCUAAGCCCGCUAAAGAUAAAGCUUCUUUGAUCGCACUAAGAUUCGUACCUAAGUUUUAUGACUUUCAUGACUUCUUCUGUCUGAUGGUAUCAUCGCGCUCAAAGCCGGCUUUGAUUUUCUCGCCACCAAGAAACGGUCAGCAACUGGCAUAGUAUCGCUCAGUCUGAUCGCUCGGUCACAUUACAAAGAUUUGCCCCUCCUUAACCACAAUAAAGUAAUGUUUAAGUAAAUCGUUUACUUACCAUCGAAGAAAAGUCGCCCAAACUCCAGCACAUUGCUCUUUCUUAAUUUCUAAGUCAUCUUUCUACAAACUUACUGACGAUCAAAACAAAUGAAAAACCUCGCCUGGACGGUCGAAAACAUUUCCCUCAGGUUUACGUAACAUUUCUCUCCACGAGUUGCAUUGCUAAUGUAUUCGUAGAAUUUCUCCCUUGUUGGCGUUCACAAAUAUGAGCUUAACAGAUGAUCAAAGAUAGUCUCAGAUGCAGGAAUUUCACUUCGCACGAGUGCUUCGAACACGGGCUAUUCUUGGUAAACAAGUGAUGUCACGGACAUGCAUAGUACGUUAUUCAGCCCUGUCCCACAAAGAUCUUACUCGAUUUCAUUCUUGACCCCAGACCUCACUCUUUUGACUCCGUGACGUUGUCAUACGCAAGAAAGAAGGGUACUGAGGUGGAGAAUGACUCGUUUUAUGUACGACAAAAUCAAACAAGCGAAAGAAGCGCUCUGCUCGGAGGGUGCAUUUCCAGGUGAACAAUCCACAAAAAUUCGCAAGAUCGUGGAAGCGGUAAUUUGUUAGCAGCCCGUCAGAAAACUGGCAGUAACAUUUCUUUCUCUAUACGUUCCCGUUUGUCAGGAUUUCGCCCUACCUGCUAUUGACUCCAUGGCGUCACUGCUCUGGAAUGCUCCGCAGCAGAAGCACAUGGACAACGUACCGCUGAUCACCCUUUCAGCAGAAAACUUAGGCUCAUGCCUCAACAACGCACUGAAGAGUUCAUCAGUGAUCGCAUCAGGAAAAUUUGGGUCCAGCCUUCAAGAACAGGUAUUUAUUUCCGUAGUCCUCUACUAGUUGGCGCAUGCACGUGGGUAAUCUCAGUGCAAUUCCCUAACAAAUGUAAUGAUAGUGUUGAUGCUUGACUGGUAUCCUGUGGCUGUUAUACACAUGAUCAGGGGCCUAUGAUUGAAAGGUUGUUCUUGUAAGAUCGCUAUCUUGCUCAAGUUUUUUUCACUCAUCUGUUGUAACUUAAUGAUUUAUUAUUACAGCGAAUUAAAUCCAUUUCUUGGUGCUCGAUUGUCGGUGAUUAUCGUUGGUUGUCGUAAACGUAACCUAACGUAAACUUAAAAACAAGUACAGUGGAACCUCUAUUCAGGGGACGCCCUUGGGAUCAAGGCAAGUGUAACCUGAAUAGAGAUAUCCCUGAAUGGAGUCUGGUUGAUAGUGGGGCGUCCGCGGGUGCGAGGCGCGUUAGCAGUGGGACCCCAUACCUAAACACUGGACGAAAAAACGGAUUUGCCUAAGUUUGCUAGUUGAGCAAAUCUAUUGUAAAUUUAGGGUACUAAUGUUGCUACUUAUUUGUUCUUGGUGCAAAUUUUGUUCGAAAGUGAAAGUUUACUUUUCUGCAAGGGUGGCGUAAAUGUGGAGUAAAUAUCAAGUUUACAGAUAUUUUGUUUCACUUUUGCUCCCCAUAGUAAAUUUGGUGUUUAGAUUCAAAUUUGCCGCCAUUUUGUUCUCUGUGUAAAAAUCGAACGUCAAAAAUGAAUGUUUGCUUGGUAUUUUCUGGCAUAGCAAAGUUACUGUGUAAAUUUAUGGUUACUAGAGGCGUAAAUUUAAGCAAAAUAUGAUCAAAGAACUAUCUUUACGACCACUUUAACCAACGUUUGCGCAUUUACCAAACUUCAUAGUGUUAUUUCACGCAAGUUUUGAUUUUCCAUCGCCCCGUUUCAAUCACUAUCACAUUAUUCUCAAAGUUUAUCAUAUUACUUGCUGCAGCUGGUUAUUUCGGGUAAGGCCAUCCCCCCUUUUUUCUCGUUUAGCGUCGAAUGCGUUUCCUGAUAUUGGGUCGGUGGCUCGGAAAAAAAAAAUAUCACAAGAAGUCUCGGAAUUUGGGAGAACAAAAUGCACAAUAUGUGAAAGGUUUGAACCCAGGAGUCAUUUCAAUAGUAGAUUGCAGAGUUUCAUCGUCCGGGUGAAUGUAGUCCUGAAUGCACUCCGUCGCAAGAUCAGCCGCCAUGUUUGUUGUUUCCCAGGCUUCCACGUGACUUUGGCACAUGCGCGAUUUGAUUUACAUUGUCACGUGCGGCUUUUGAACCAAUAGAAUAGUGUAAAAUAAACUUUCGUUGAACAGUUAAAAUUCACGCGCACUUCACAAGCGAUACAGCGUUGCAAAACGAGUAGUUUUGUUAUUUUCGGAUAAUAGAAAGCCUGUCUUUCUAUUCAGCUGUUCUAUUACGAUUUAUACCUUUGUUAUUUUCGAGAGACAGGGAUCAGUUGCGAUAUUCUUCACAUAAAGCCUGUUUCCAAGUCAUCAACUCAGCUGGAUUGCAGAAAGGUAUGUUCUUCUUGAUAUCGUGGUUCGUUUACUUACUUUGGUUUUCUAAUAACUUUGCGUAAGCUUAAAACCUCAAAGAUAAAUCUUGAAAUUUAAGAUGCAUGCACAGAUAUGCCAUUGACUGAUUCAUUUUUGUUUACUGCAGAAAUAACUGAAAUCUUUGUUGGGCAUCGUCUUCAUUAAUGGCAUAAUCUUAACUAGCCAGAUCUUGAGCUUGCAGGCAAACAUUUCUUUUACAAUAAUAUAAGUCGGUGAUGUGACUUUAGCAUGUCCAUAAUUCAGUAAUUUGGCUUGUUGUACAGCUGAGUUAAUAUGUUAGAUCUUUGGGGUUACUGUACUUUUCAGGUGACAGCACUUGACAAAGCAGUGGUCACUAUAAUUAAUUAUUUAAUAUUCUACUACAUUUCAAAUGACAAAUGAUUUUCCUUUUGAAAUUUUUACAGUCAAAAACUCUUGUUUUACAUCUAUACAUAAUUAUGGUUCAGUGAUAUUGUGAAAUCUUAAUUUGGUUCAUUUUGCAAGUGACGGCAUAAGUUUGCCAGAUCUUGAAGCAUAUGUGUCAUUCUGAGUGACCAUUGUAUUAUUGUUCCACAUUUAAGUGACAAGUGAUUCUUAUUUCAUAAAUUGUACCAUCCAAAACUCUUAUGGUUUAUACAUAUGGUUGAGUGAUACUGUGAGAUCUUAAUUUUGGUUCAUUUUGUGAGUGACAGCACUUGCCAGAUCUUGAAGCCUACAGUAUGUGUCAUUCUUAGUGACCACUGUAUUAUUGUUCCACAUUUAAAUGACAAGUGAUUCUUCUUUCAUAAAUUGUAUCAUCCAAAACUCUUAUGGUUUAUACAUAUGGUUCAGUGAUAUUGUGAGAUCUUAAUUUUGGUUCAUUUUGCGAGUGACGGCGUAUGCCAGAUCUUGAAGCCUAUGUGUCCCUCUGAGUGACCACCGUAUUAUUGUUCCACAUUUAAAUGACAAGUGAUUCUUCUUUCAUAAAUUGUACCAUCCAAAACUCUUAUGGUUUAUACAUAUAGUUUAGUGAUAUUGUGAGUUCUUAAUUUUGGUUCAUUUUGCGAGUGACAGCAUAUGCCAGAUCUUGAAGCCUAUGUAUCAUUCUGAGUGAGCACCAUAUUAUUGUUCCACAUUUAAAUGACAAGUGAUUUUUCUUUCAUAAAUUGUACCAUCCAAAAUUCUUAUGGUUUAUACAUAUGGUUAGGUGAUAUUGUGAGAUCUUAAUUUUGGUUCAUUUUGCGAGUGACGGCAUUUUUUUCAUUUUGCGAGUGAAGCUGAUGUGUCAUUCUGAGUGACCACCGUAUUAUUGUUCCACAUUUAAAUGACAAGUGAUUUUUCUUUCAUAAAUUGUACCAUCCAAAACUCUUAUGGUUUAUACAUAUGGUUCAGUGAUAUUGUGAGAUCUUAAUUUUGGCUCAUUUUGCGAGUGACGGCAUAUGCCAGAUCUUGAAGCCUAUGUGUCCAUCCGAGUGACCACCGUAUUAUUGUUCCACAUUUAAGUGACAAGUGAUUCUUCUUUCCUAAAUUGUACCAUCCAAAACUCUUAUUGUUUACACAUAUGGUUCAGUGAUAUUGUGAGAUCUUAAUUUUGGUUCAUUUUGCGAGUGACGGCGUAUGCCAGAUCUUGAAGCCUAUGUGUCCUUCUGAGUGACCACCGUAUUAUUGUUCCACAUUUAAAUGACAAGUGAUUCUUCUUUCAUAAAUUGUACCAUCCAAAACUCUCAUGGUUUUUACAUAUGGUUCAGUGAUAUUGUGAGAUCUUAAUUUUGGCUCAUUUUGCGAAUGACGGCACUUUCCAGAUCUUGAAGUGUCAUUCCAAGUGACCACUGUAUUACUGUUCCACAUUAUAAAUGACAAUACCUCAUUAUUUAUAUCUUUUGUACAGCUCAAUGAUGUUGAGGGAUCUUUGUUAGUUUAUUUUGCGAGUAAAUGCUUUGGCUUUAUAAUGCCAAAUAACCACAAUUUAUUAAUUAUUGUUCUAAGCAACAUGUGGGUUACCUUAAUGUUACGUUUCUCAGGUUCUGACCGGUUUUACGGUUUAUGUGUACAGUUGAGUCGUGGCUGUGCUCUGUUAGAGCCUGGUGACCUGUGGGACACUAUCAGUUCUGCUCUUGAAUGACAGGGGAAUUAAUUUAUUUCAGUUUUUAUUUACACUUAAAAGAGUCUUAAUGAAACAAAUGCAGAUUCAACAGAAAGAGGCAUUUCUGCUCUCUACUUUAACACCUGUUCCAAAAAACAUAUUAUAUAUUUAAUGAAAAUGUUAGUAGGAAUAAAAUGCAGGGAGAAAUUUUUCUCACAAAUAUCUUCAAACUGUUCCUUUGAUUAAGAGAGUGUUUUCAGCUUUUAGCAUCAUAUCAUUGUUCUGCAACCCAAUCAUUUACACUGAGUAUGAGCAGUACAUGCUUGUUUACCAACUGUGGGUUACUUGUUGGCUGCUAAAUCAUGGCUCUUCAUUUUUCUUUCAGAAAAAAAAUUAAAGGGCCAAUAUGCUCUGAGUGAGUCAACUAGCAUCAGUUAGUCAGACAAGGACAAGUACCUUGCAUGUAUGUCUGUUGCAUAUGUCAUCAGAGGAGUCUUUGUCUGAAACAGCUGUAUCAGAGUGGCAUGAAGGUAGUUCUUCAGGUUCAGAUGAGGACCUCCCAAACAGGGAAAAUCUCUGUGUAAGGCCACUUUCCUGGCAGAGCAUUGAGGUGAAUGGUUUAAUGGCCCAGUUGGACCGCAAAGUUGCAUGGUGUCAAAGCCAAUAAUGGUAAUAGAGCACACAGUGAGACCAGCAUCAAACCAAGGAGCACCAUCUUGAGUUUGCUCUGGCACCCACCACUUACAAUAGAAAAAGGAACUUGAUCAUAAGCAUAACACAGAUAAUUUUUUGAAGAACAUUGAGAAAAGAAGACGACAUUUUAGAUAAAAAUGUACAAAAUAAUAAUAACACUCAAGUUGAAGUUGACAUGCAUCAUGAUUCAGUUCCUUUUCAGUUAAGUUCCUAGAACAAUAUUUACUCAGUAGACAAUUGCACAAUUUUUUGAGUUUUGAUGAAGACCUACAAUGUAGUAAGUGAAUAUCCUUUGACACCCAUGGGAAGGAGCCACGUUUAAACAAGGUAAAUUACCAAAUCUCAAAGUUAUUUGUCACAAUCCAAUGAAGAUCUUGCCUGUGUUGCAGACACUCUAAACCUUCUGUAUAGAGCAUGCCGUCUGAGAAUUAGUGCACAAUAUCAUGUUUGAAUCCCACAGGGUCACAAAGACAUGCAUGUAUGUCAGCGUUUUGUGAUUGGCUAGGUUCUUACGCUGUUUGUGAUGAGUCCGAUUUGAAAUAAAGUGUUGACACAAAGUCACAUAAUCUCAAUGACCUUUGUAUGGUAUGGUGGAGCCACAAACUUUCCCUUACCAGACAAAUGUCUGCAAAAUGUGCCAUCUUUGCAGAGCUGUCCUUGUUAGUUUGCACCGAAUCACUCUGUAGUUUGGCAACUUUACUGAAUUUUAAAAACCUUCCAUCUAGUAGCCUGUAAAUGCAGCUGUCUUUUCAGUCGUCGUGUCCAUUCACCCAACAUGUGUAAUUGGAGAUACAUCUGCAUCCACUUUCCACAGUGGUGACAGAUCCUAGGGCUACCCUAAGCACUGCCUUAAAAAGUGCCACUCCGAGGACUAAAUCUAGCCAAUACACCCCAUAGUAGAGUAAUUACUUGACUCCAAAUGCCAUGAUCCUAUUUUGUUCUUGGCAUAUUUUAUGAAAAAAGAGUGCAGUUAUGUUUUAUGCAAAAAAAAUACCGUGUGUGAUAACAGUUUUUUGAUAAGCAUGGCUUAAAUUUUAAUCAAAAUAAUGCAUGCCAAUAACAAUAAUAAUGAUGAUGAAUUAAAGAAGUUCUACAGAGCUUUCAUAGUGUAUAGAUUGUGUUUGGAUAAUUUGGAUAUUUACUCAGUCCAAUACUGCAAGCAAAACAGCUGAUCAUGUGAAUCAGAAAAAAAUUGCUCAAAUUUUUAGCAAAUAAUUUGAUUCUAGUAAAAAAAAUAAAUGUAAUAAACUAUUUAUGGUCAUAUAAUAAUACAAGAAUUUCACCAAAUCAUAUUAUUUACAGUGAUAUUAUAAUAAUAAUAAUGAUAAUAAUAAUAAUAAUAAUAAUACAAGUAUUUAACCAAAUCAGUGGAUAGAUGUACAUGCUAAAAAGGUGACAAAAUUAACCUUAUAAGUGUUUACUGCUGGGUAAAAAUAUAUCAAAGUCGUACCCAAAUCAUAGAAAUGCACAGAGCUUUCGCAUAGUAACUCAUUUUAUUUACAAGAAAUAUUUUUAUAUAACUGAUUUGGUUAAAAAUCAAAUGAUACAGAUGUAUCUCCCCUUGGGGUAAGUGAAUAGCACUAGGUACAAUAUAUAUAAUAUUAUUCACUGCCUAUUUUGGGUAGUGGAUAAUAUUUGUCAGAUGAAAACAAGUUCUUAUAAAUAAUAAUUAGAGGAAUAUCGCUUAUCAUAAUAAUUUGAGGCUAAUUUUAUUUCCUGUGGUUGAUGUUCUGUCCAUUAGUAAGGAUGUCACAUCUACAUUGGGAGUGAUGUGUACGUGUUGUCAUCAUACAACCAUUUCCCAAUAGUAUCAAUUGAAUCUAGAAAGAGUAUAUGUGAAGUAUACCACUCAAAUGGAGUUACGUUUUACCUGUACCAACCUUAGAUAAUUAUGAACCAGCUAGUGUUGACUUGCACUUUCAAACCCAAUGUACAUUCUUAUACACUUAUGAAUUUAGAUAGUUUCACAUUUUAUGUGCCUUUUCUUUAAAGGCAUAUAUUUUGUGGUACAUUCAGUGCCCUGCAGAGGCCAAUGGAACUUUCUUUUAAUUUAUCUUGCUUUUUAUUGUACAGUGUAUAUUAAGGAUAAUAAAGUCAUUUUAUUCUUGAAAUUUUGUUUGGUGUCUAAAUUGUUUGUCAGUCAUUUAUGGUACCAAAUAAAAAUAAGAAACAUGUGGAUAAUGAUGUUUUGAUCAAAUUUGCUAUCUUGAGUGAAAGUGUAAAAAAGUGAUAUUUUAAUCAACUUUGUUUACCUUACUUAAAGUAUGGAAAACUGCUAUCAUGGCAAUAUUUGCCAUCCUGAGCAAAGAUGCAGAAGAACUGAUAUUUGAUCAACUUUCCUACAAUGGGGAAAAGUAUGGGAAACUACUGUUUUGAUCAUAUCUGCCAUCCUGAGCAAAAUUGAGAAUAAAGUGGUAUUUGGCCAAAUCUGCUACCCUGAGCAAAACAGUGGCAAACGCCUAUUUUGAUCAUAUUUGCCACACUGAGCAAAGAUACGGAAGAAGUGAUAAUUUGACCUCAUUUACUACACUGGGUGAUACACAAAUAAAGUGAAUUUUUGCUCAGAUUUACUAUCCUGGGUAAAACUGUUGAAAAAUGAGUUUUGGUCACUUUUGCUACAUUGAGCAAAAAUGUGGCAAAUUACUACUUUGACCGAAUUUGCUAUAGAGAGCAAAAGCAUUCAAAAAUUCAUCUUCGAUCGCUUUUGCCCAUUUGGGCAAAAACCUGACAAAUGUCAGUUUUGCUAUCAAGUUUGACACCCCUGUAAAUGCCUUGAUAAAGUAAAGGUUAUCCUUGUUUUUACACACGGGGCAAAUUUGAGGCAAAUUCGGCAUUUACCACCUUUGCCACUAAUGCAAAAUUAUGGCAAAGUUGGUCCUAUGUCAUGUGGCAAAAUUGAGCAAAAUUAAGCAAAUGUGGCAUUUGCAGAUGAUUUGCUCCAGAUUUGCUAUAGAGGUAAAUCCGUUUUUUCGUCCAGUGAAAGGAAAAUGGGAACGUAUCGAUGCCAGAAAAAUUUAGCUCAAAAUUAUCGUUUUCUAGUACUGCCGCCACAAAAGCGAUUUUGGUGAAGUUCUCGAAAAUGGUGAUCUAAUUUGAAUAUUUUGCAACCCCAUGGAUAAUUGAGGCCAAAUUUCCCAUUUUCGUGAGAUUUUCAAUUUUUGUCAACUUCGCGACUAUACGAGGAGUGCCUUCUGUAAUAUCAUUUAAACUUUCGCCAACCCUCAGGUAAUUUUUUCGAGAGAUUCACCCUUUGACCAUUUUCGCCAAACUCGUCAAUUUCGUGACUUCUUUCUCGAAUUUCAGCCAUUUUCGCCAAAUUUGCCAUCUCCUUCAAAAUUGCCGUUGCGAUUUCUUGCCAUUUUCGCAAUAUUCGCCACCUUUAAGGGGGGGACCUUUUGCCUUCUCAUUUGACUUCCAGGGAAGUCUUGGGGAUUUUUGGCUAUUUUGGUCAACAUCACCAUUUUCGUCAAAAUCACCGCUUUCAAAGGGCUCCUUUACCAUCUCAAAUUUUAUUAAGACUUUGGCGCAUGCUUGCCAUAUUCAUCGCCAAUAACAAAUUCGCCAUUUUCGCCAAUUAUGCCAUUUUCAUCAAAAUCGCAACUCUUAAUGGGAACCCUUGGCUUUGUUACAACUUAUUUGCCAAACGUGGUGAAUUUUCGCCAUUUUUGCCAUUAGGUACAUUUCUGGACAUGAGUUGGUGAAUCGGGCCUGAACUAGGCUUUUAUAGAUUGUGCUAGCAUAAUUUUUAGCAUAAUUUGAGAAAACUAGCAUAAUUUUUCCCAUUUUUUAAAACGUUGCACUGCUACCAUAAUUCUCAUAUUUUGAUCAUUAUCGGAACAUUUUUGGGUUUUGACAGGCACGUUGAUUCCCAAAUCCCAAUUAUACGCUGACGUUGCUCGAUGUUUUACUAUUAUUUGCAGUUUACUGAGCCCGGAAAUGGGGGCCUGGGACUAGGGUGUACGGGAACGGAAGUCCCAUGGCAAACCAUGUCAGUCCCAAUACCUCUCAUAGGCAAGGCUGCAAAAUUGCGUCAGCUAUGCCAGCCGAUUCGAGUGAAAACUUACAGUUCUGUCAGAGAAAUGACAGGCCAGGACCAGCCACAAUUGCCAGACGCGAAAAACCACCAUAAACGGACACGAAAAAGGACAUAUAUUAUAGCUAACAAGAAUAAACGGCUUCUGAUUAAAGAAAAUGUAUUUUUCCAAAAAAAGAGCAGUGCUACUGGCAUAAUAUGCUACUUUUACUAGUACAAUCUAUAAAAGCCUAGCCUGAACUUUCUAAAAAUGAAGUAGUAAUUGAUAAACGGGCACUUCUUUCUUUAGGGCAAAGGUCUUGUGAACGAAUCCUUCAGGAUCAUCAACAUUAUUGCAGAUGCCGUAUUAGCAAUGAAAGUUGUAGAUGAAGAAGUGACGCGGAUCAAGACUGCAGAAUUGUCCAUGACAUUAGGACGUCAUACCCCAACUAAACUUGUUGGAUUAUCCAUUGAAGGAGGGGACGGUAGAUUUGUUUUACCAGAUGGAACAUUAGAUUCCAGUAUCGGUAACACAACUUUCGUAGACUCUCAGGUAAGUUUUCAUAAAUCCUCUUCCUUUUCAAAAAAUCCUCGAUUAGCUUUUCUCCUUUCGAAUGAGGACUGCCAUCAAAUAAGCUAUGCAACCUGCGCAGCUCGAGAGAUCAUCAGUACGUGUAUUGAGGCAGAGGACUUGCAAAGCCGCGCGGAGAACGGAGAAGAGACACUUUGAUGCGCAGCCUUAAUCUAAAAUGAUUGUCCCUCCUGAUCUCCUCUAUUUGCUGUUCAAAAUACAUUACACAGGAGCUACAGUUUGAUGAGAAGUAAUGUGCCGCUAUUGCUUAAAUUCUUUCAAAUUCCCACACUUUUUCACAAGUAAAACGCCGAAAAAUAUUGCAUCGAGGCAGUUUGAGAAUUAAGUAUUUUGUUAUUUUCAUCCACGUAAAGCUAAUCCGGAAUCUGGAUCCUGGACAUUUUUUCUAGUGGAGGUUUGGUCAGUUCAUUUAAUAAUGUUAUCGCUAGAGCUUGGGAUCCGGAAUAGACAGCAUGGAAUCCAGAAUCCAGACUGUCUUGGAUUACCUUACAUAACAAUCUCAAAUACAAGUGUUCAUUACUCUUAGAAAUAGUCUGCAUAUCAUAAUGUCUUUUAGUAUAUACACACUUGGUGAUUCGAGCAAUCUGAUUGGUUCGCUAUCUUGGAGUAUGACGUUAUAUUCACUGCUCUAGGCGGUGAAUAUAUAGAGAUUACUUCAUGGGCAGGGCGCACGUAAGGGAUUUUCGCACGAGUGUGAAAAUCCCGUACAAGCGCCCUGCCCAUGAAGUAAUUCAUUUAUUUCAUACAUACUGAGUGAUCAUUUCUUCUCUAUAUUUAGGAAAACUUCUCUUUAUUUAGAAAAAAUGACCAGCGUAUUUAAGAAACUAGGGCCAGCUCAAACCGAAUGCCCUAAAAAAUACAUCAUUCGUUGGCGCUAAUGUGAGUCGAAAUAUCGACUAAAAAAUGAUCAAAAAUGAAAUACAAUUUCCUGACUCAAGACCGUCUACGAUGAUUACAUCAUUAAAUGACCCCUAAAAUACCGAAUAGUACUAUCAAUAGAAAUGCUUUGACAGAAAUUGUCACUGGAAUGGUACAGGCUGCAGGCGGGCUGUCCUUGUCAUAUGGGUCGAGAACUCGCUUGAUGCGUUUCUAGCUCCCUGCUACAGUAGAAACAGUAACUAUAAACAGUAACAGUAACUAUAAACUCACUCAGAAAAUCAUUGAGUUCCUGUGGUUGUAUCUCUUCUAUGUUUCUCUUUUCUUGCUUGGAUUUCAGAAACUCGGAGAGCAAGCCAACAUCUCAUCUCGAUUAAACUGGUUAACAGAUUUCUGCAAAGCUGGAAAGCGAAGUCUUUCUCCUUCAGCCAUUAUUUAACUUCUUCUGGCAAUUUUCUUGAGAUAUUAUCCAAACGAAAAAUCUAAACGUUUUAACUUUUUGACAAAGCUGCCAGAAUAAAACCUUUAAUGAAAACACAAAGCGACCGAAAACACGGUUGCUUUUGGUGGGUGCGGUGUGAUUGGUCGAAACGUACUACUCACACGUGAAAAAGCCGUUUCGCUUUUCUGAUUGGUUGAAUAAAGGCGCAAACCAUAUUUUCACUCAGGUUGACUAAUUAAAAAAAAACACAGAAUCGCUCAGAAAUGUAUGAAAUAAAAAGCAAAACAAAAUCGCUGUCGUGAACGAGGUGUUUUCCCAAAGUUUCCUAGUAAGAACUUUUGAAAAUACAAGAAUAUCUUACUGUUGACGAUUUUGAAGGUAGGAAAAGACUUCAUGGUGUUUAAACAGCGUGAAUUAUUGUAACGUGAUUUACUGUAGCUGACAUUUUACACCCUCGAAUCAGUGUUUACCAUUACAGAGGAAAACGAAAACGAAACGAAGAAAGCUCUACGUUUCUACUCAAAAGGGGUAGUAACUGAAACUUUCGACGCUUUCUUUCACUAUUGAUGCUAAAGCUUAAGAAAGAUUAGAAACUAUGAUAUGCCAUGUUUGAAGAUACUCUAAGCAUAACGAUCUGCACAGCCCCCCGAAAUAAUCCCCAUUUUUGAUCGCGUCGACCCCGAAAUGAUCCUCAAUUAAUUUUUGGAAUGGAAUGGUAUCCUGAGACCAUGGAGCAAACAAAAUGCACAAAAUUAAUAAACGUUUCUCUAAUGAUUUUCACUCGCUCACAUUCUUCGUGAAUCUUUAAUGACAUAAAUUUAGGACUUCACUUUAACUGGCUUUAAAAGUAAAUAUUAUUCAAUGAAAAAAAGUUAGGAAAAUUAAUCCUUCAAAAGUACCCAUCAAAGUCGUUCUCUUGCCUUUCACAGAUGUUUUUAUUUUCCGAACGCGAACUAAGACAGUUUCUACAACAUUAUAUAAGGAUGGAGGAUUUCUUUUAAGUUUUCGAUUCAUCAUUUUUUCGGAGGCGUUCGUUGAUGCCUUAAAGUCCUCAUCUCUAAGUAAAUUUCUUUCUUUUGUCCAUUCUUUUAGUGUUUCUUUUUAGGAGAUCUCAACUUAAAGUUGUUUUCGCCCUCUUCCAGAACAUCAAAGAUUUGGGCUUUGCUAAGAGACAGUUUAUUUCCAAAUCUGUUAGGCUGUCUUCCAUAGUAUACUUCAAAGGGUGAUUGCAUCCCCAGGGAACUAUUUGGUAGGCAUUCUACCCAGUUCAACCCUCCAUCACAGUUAAGCAUAUCUUACUUUUAAUUUUCCUUCCAAGUACGAUGAGAUCGUUCGUCAUUCCCUUGAGUCUGGGGACUGUAAGCCGAGCUUUUAAUUAUCCGUACGUUUAGAUUUUCCCAAAGGGUCUUUACAACGCUUUUGAAUUCUGUGCCUUGGUCGCUCUAAAGGAUUUCAGGGGGUCCAUGCUCGUAAUAGAUACGCUGAAGAUUUUCUGCUACUUCAGCGGAAUCCGAUUCUUUUGACCUAAGAGGCCUCAGAAACACAAACCUGCUAAAUAUGUCAAUAACAGACAUAGUAUACUUGUAAGUGUUUGUACCAACUGUAACGGGCAUGCGUUCUUGCACCUUACCUGCCUCUAUAGGUAGAAGUGGUUCUUUAUUUUGGAAGAUUGGCCUCAUUUUCUGUGGUUGUUUCAUGAUCAUUACGUUGAGUUUUUUUUUAUCAUGUUUCGGGAAAGACCGCUGUAUGUUAUAAGAUAACUAAGAAAGUACGCGCGCUCUGAUUGGCCGAGAGGAGUGUUUGCAUGAGAGUAUGUAAACAUGGUUGUGACGUCAAGAUGUUCUUUCCGCGCGCUGAUCACGCAAGCACAAAUAUGAAAAAGUUUUUGAGUUCAAAACUCGACAGGUUACUUUAUUUACCCAUUCCUUCGUCGGCUGAAACUUGAAACAUCUUUAAAAACAAGCUGUGUCAAAUUUGUUUUCGCUUAAGCUGACAUUUUAAGCGAGAAAAAUUUGUAUUUUGGAAAGCAUCUUUUUGCAAAACAAGAACUGAUUACGCUGCAAGCCUUCGUGUACACGACUUUGCGACUGGUAAGAAUUUCUCUUUUAAUCAGAGCCAUAACAAAGAGUUUUGCGUUUUUCUCGGGAAAGUUAUUUUAUAAAAGCAAUAGAAAACUUUUUUUCCUGUGUUUGCAUAGCCUGAUAUAAACACUCGAGGGGUUGGGAGAAUUCUCGACGGUUAUGCAAACCGUCGACUUCGUCUCGGGUUCGCAUAACUGUCUCGAAUUCUCCCAACCCCUCGAGUGUUUAUAUCAGGCUAUGCAAAAACGGAAAACGUUUUCUAUUGCUUAAUUUGUCGUACACUUUUUGCUAACUUAAGUGCACCGUCACCUUAACUUUGUUCAAAGAAACCUUGAACAAUCGUACCCAACUGUGAUUUUUUAACAAUGAUGCAGUUUGAUGCGUUUGACAGUAGUUCCCAUUACAGGAUCAUAGAUCUCACGUAACUCGUAGUGGCCACUUUUUACCUUUUUGUAAACCCUUUACCUAAGCAGACUAUCUUGCUUCUUGGACCAGCCCUUGAAAGUCUUUUCCCCACUGAGUAUAGCAAACACGGCGUCGUACUCGGCGUCAUCUAGUGGUAGAUUUCUUCUCUUUACCUAACAUCGACCAUUUUUUAAAUUCAGGAAUGAGCAGAAUGUCUUUAUCUUUUUCAAUAUUUUUAUUCUACCCGCAUAAAUUCACAUGAAUGGCGUACGAUUUUUACCUAAAUAUAUUUAUGUACUAGUAUAAAGUAUACUACCUAAAUAAAGUAGAGAGAGCAACCGAGAGGAAGAUAAAGGCUGAGAGAAAAACUCGAAUGUUGUCCUACAUACGACAUGAUGGAAACUUUUUGCUUAUAGCAUAUACCCCCAACUCCUUCCCCCAGGCAAUUGUUAUGGUAAUGUUUUGGAAUUUAUAUUGUCAGCAGUAAGUGGAUUGGCUUCUUUCUAAUUCACGUCUAAUAAUUAUAUUGGUCAACUAAAUUUAGUGAUGUCUUCGAUUUUUUUUUACCGAACUGUGCAUUACUAGUAACAAAUUUUACGAACUAUAUCUUUCAACUAGUUACAAAUACAUAGCACAUGUUGCUAACGCGGCGGACUGCAACUAAAUAAUUUACAAAUUACCUUCACAUCCUUUAUGUUUCCAGAGCUCUUAUCUAGAGGCUGAUCUUGAUGAAUGGAACUUAAGGGUUCUAAAAUGGGCAACAGAAGGUUAAAGGAAAGCCACGCGCCUCGCAACAUCGCAUUCGAAGGGCGGAAUACCAUUCCAUUCCAAAAAUUAAUUGGGGAACAUUUCUGGGUCGGUAUCAUUUCGGGGUCAGUUUGGGGAUCAUUUCGGGGUUGGGAUCAUUUCGGGGGCUGUACAAGAUCUAACUGUCGCUCAUCUUCUGUUUACGGCUGCAUGUUCACGGAUGAAUUCACCCGUCAAUCAAACUAAUCGUUUUUAAAUGGUUACCUUUCUGAUUGUGUUGAGAUCACUUGCGUAUAUACUAGAACAAUUAUUCACCUCAGGCUCAGUUCAUACUGUUGAAUAAUUUUGCUCGACAUCGUCGCGGGGAUUAUUCAACUAUAUGAACUUUGCCUUCGGCGAAUAAUUGUUAAAUGUAUUUCCUUCAGAUACCGCUAAGAUUCAGAGUUUCGUGAUGUGCAAUGGAGUGAAAUGAAAUUUGCUGAAAACAUAAUUACCUAUAAAAGCCAAGGGUUAUGCCAGUGACGUGUCUUGUGCGCCAUGUUCAUGUCGUUUUUGUUUGUUUGUUUUGCUUUUUCAGAUGCUCUCAAUUCCAUUCAAUCCUUACACGUGGGAUGUCACAAGAGAGCGAGUGGACUCUGAUAUCUUAGCAAUGGAUUUGAAAGACGACGAGCGUAAACUGAUCAAAGUAGCAGGUCUCCCAAACGACGUUGUGAUUGUUACACCCCUGAAACCUCAACGGAUCUCUUUACAAACCCAGCAGUACUUCACCCAGAAUGAUAAUUUUCGAUUUCACUUGAUAGAUGUUAAGUACGAAAACACUUUGAUAAUGGUGGAGAUCACUCCAACAGAUGAAAGUGUGGCCCUUUUUGUUUACAUGCGACAUAGUCAACCGCCAACGACACAAGUAUAUGAUCUCAAAGCCACUAUCUCCAAACAGGAAACUUGCAUUUGGUGGAAUGCGGAGGAAAAAAGCUCUGGAAGAGCAAAGUGUUUUUCCAACAGAUUUACACUCUUUCCUAUAGAAACAGUUGCUAGGCAACCUGGAAGGUACUUUCUGGGAAUUCGAAGUUAUAGCACCAGUGUGACCUCCCUGAAGAGACAAAAGCGAUCAUGUUUCGGAAAUAGACGUCAAAAGCGAUCAUGUUUCGGAAAUAGACGUCAAAAGCGAUCAUGUUUCGGAAAUAGUCGUCAAAAGCGAUCAUGUUUCGGAAAUAGUCGUCAAAAGCGAUCAUGUUUCGGAAAUAGACGUCAAAAGCGAUCAUGUGUGCAAGUGAAAGACCCCCCUCCCACUCCCCCUCAGAGCAAAAAUGUAUCUGCAGUACCCGUGUAUGACCCAGCAAUCUCAAGGAACUAUACUAUGAGGGUGGCCUUGGGGAGCUGUGUGUUCUGGUCAGAAAAGCUGCAAAUGUGGACGACAGAAGGCUGUCAAGUAAGUAAUAACUGAUGACUGAGCUAUUUUUAAAUUGGUGUUGGAACACGGGUUGGUUGCUCAGUGUAAAUUGUUAAGCCUCGCAGUAAGCAAUAAGGAGCAAUACAUGCAUGUUUGUGCCGUCUCCACUUUCAUCCAUGCCAUGGUAUGGUUUUCAUCGUACCUAUCAGAUAGGCAACAGCAGUGUGUAGUAGAGGGUUGUGUAUCAAAGCCCCAGUUGAUAAGUUGUGGAGUUCCACAGGGUUCAAUUUUAGGCCCUUUGUUGUUUUUAAUAUAUAUUAAUGAUCUCCCUGGAUGUCUUCUCCAUACCAAAGCACGCAUGUAUGCCGAUGAUACCACGAUAUAUGCGUCCUCUGUAUCCACCGCUGAACUAUAUGCCAAGGUAAAUAAUGACCUAACUCGCGUUAGGGACUGGCUUCUUGCAAGCAAGUGAAGCUUAAAUGUCACUAAAACGGAGUAUAUGUUCUUAACAACUACCUUCAGAUUAUCUAACUUAGGAAGAGACUUUCCAAUUAAGAUUGGCAAUAAUCAUGUUAAACGAGUUCAAACAACAAAAUAUUUAGGAAUUAACUUAGAUGAAAAUCUUAAAUGGAACGAGCAUGUUGACAAACUUUGUUCAAAAGUCAAUCGAUCCAUCAGUGGUCUAAAACAGGCACGUGAUUAUGUACCAUUAGAUAUUCUAAAUACUAUUUACAAAUCUCUUAUCCAGCCUAUGCUAAGAAAUACGGAAUAUAAUGUUGUACUGGACCACGUUCCAAAACAGAAAAUUAUAAAACUCAUACAGAGGAGGAAUGCUGUGGAAUUCAUUACCAAAUGACAUAAAAGCGUCCGAAUCUAAAGCUAUCUUUAGAAGAAAACUGGCUAGUAGGCAGGCAAACUGUUGACUACAUUUUGCUAUAUUUUACUAUUUGUACAUAUUUUUAGUGUACUUGUAUAGUAUUUACUUCUGUCUCUAUACGGCUUUCAUGUAAAGAAGUUAUGUAACUUAUGAAAUUACCGUAUUCAAAUAAAAGUGAAUCAAUCAAUCAAUCAAUCUUUUGGCUUCCUAUGUAUCUUUUGUGAUCUUGUGCAGUUGUGUAUUGAAGUAAUUUUGAUAUUUAUUUUGAUCAGCUGGCAAAUUAUAAUAUGCCCUUAAAUUGCACAACACAAUAAUAGUUCAUUAAUGAACCAAUUUUGAUAUAUUAAAAAAAUUAAUAACUUACUCGAGGCUUGAGAGAAUAAUUCAAAAGAAAUUAAUGGCCUUGACAGUCACGGAUGAAUUUUGUUUGUUGUCCAGAUUCCCCAAGACUCCUAGCCAAGUAUGAAUUUUAAGAUUUUUCGAAAUUGGUCUAUUGACCUAGCAUGGAAACUUGGUUUUAUCUUUUUCAUUCUUUAUUCCAUAGGUUUUAUCAGCAACGUUGAAUGGAUUCCUGAACUGUUCAUGUAAUCACCUGACCUCCUUUGGAGGUAGUUUCUUUGUAAAACCCAAUCCCAUCGACUUUGAUAAAGUGCUGGUAGAGUUCAAGAGACUUGCAGAUACAGGAAAUGUCGCGGUUAUUGUAACCGUGGCAGUGGUAUUCCUGUGCUACGUUUUUGUGAUUGUUUUCGUCAGAAAAGCGGAUCAGCAAGACACCAGAAAUGUAAGUACUUAUUAGGUAACUUGAAUAAUGCAACGACCACUUGGAAAAACAUUGCAGUGGUGUGAAGCUGGAUCUUCGUGUAAACCAGACCGAGCAAUUAAAAAUAUUAAACCAAAGGCAAGACUUAUCAGACAGCUCAAUUAGAGAAUAGAGCACUCGUUCUCCUAGAGCUCAUCAAAUCAAAAACAGAGGUAUUUUUUUAUCACCAUGAAGACGAUUGAACCCUGUAAAAUGAACUGGAAGUAUAGUAUUAUACAAAACUAAGUUUUCCAGUUCUCCUAUUUUUUUUUUAGUGAAGUUUUACUUCUAUGAUAAUGUAUGACUGUGCGAUUAUCGAAACAUCAUGCACUAUAAUCAUCUAAUAUAUAGAUUUAGCCAGGGCUAAAAGCGAAGCUCCCGUUAAUAAACUCAUAAUUUAAACCAAACAAUAAACUUGUAAUCCACAGAUCAGGGCACAUUCAUUUGACUUUUGAGGCAAAGGCUGAGUGAUUUUACAGAAAAAUCAGAAUUUGAUCCUCCAAGAGUGAAACAAAUUUUACGUCGAGUUAUUAAAUAGUCUUAUUUGUACACCGAAAAAUAGCAAUCAUGUUCGAUCACAGUAGAUUAGGCCUGGGAAACAAAUAGACCUAUUCGUGUAUUGUAUUUGCAUUAGCUUUUGCAUCAUAAUGUGGCAUUCACCAGUCUCUCCAACAUUGCUCCGUUAGAGAGACUAUGGAUAAUUGGACAACCCCUAAAUAUAGUUUUAAGAAACACAUGCGCCACGAUAGUCCUUGGCGGCAGCCAAUUUACAUGUUGCUUCCUCUGUCUAAAAGAGAGGCCAAAAUAAAAAAUCAGGCCGGAUUUUUUGUGUUCGACAAGUUUAGUUUACUAGUAAAUCUUGGCGACGAAUCUGGUGGCGUGUAAACCAGCCUUUUAAACAUACUUUUUCUCAUCACGUCUCAGGUAAACAGUACUAUAAGGCCCUUUUUUUAUCAUACAGACCUCGGACAGAAUUUGUUCUUUUUUGCCCUAUUUAAACCUAUAAUUCUUCAGUUUUUUUUUAGCAAUUUUGCAAGAGAAUUUGCACUCAUCCAAUAUCCACGACGAUCAAAGCACGUGCCUCCUUUGCACAACAAAUUAUAGCAUUGAAUUAUAAAGCGUUUUCAUGAAGAGAAUUCUAUAAUGCCGGGACUUUUCUGUUAGAAAAAUCUGGUCCUAUGUGAUAUGCAGGGUAAUAAUUAUGGGCUUUUAAUGAAAACGAUAAAAAAAAAUUCCCAAAAUCACUUUUCGGCCAGCCGGACGCGCGGGUUCUCACUUUUGACAGGCACCAAAUUAGCAGUGCGAUUAAUUUAAUAGAGUUACCAUUUACGCUUCAACAUGAUAGAGAAAUUUAUUCAUUCAACUGUGUAUGAUUUUGUUAUGUGUAAUCUUUAAAAGCGAGUGAUAUUUACGCGCGGCGUUUUGAGUAUUCCUGCAUGCGAUGUUUAUGUUCGACUGGAAACAACCGGUGCAGCAAUGAAAAUUGCGAGAGGGACUAUUAACAAUCAAUAAAAUAAAUUUAAUUCGGUGAAACAUGUACAGAGACAAUAAUUUUCAUUCACGAAGAGAAGUAUUGAGAGUAAAGUGUCUCUGAAAAUCAUGAGUCAGGUAAGCAUAAGCUUAUUUAUGUUUUAAGCCGGCUUCCCGGUGUUCAUUCUUUUUCGAGAUGAACUCGAGGCAAGAAAAUCGCUCAGAGCUUUCUGUUUACAGCCAAAAUCAUAACUAAAUAAUCUUCGGAACCUUUUCUUUGAAUAUGCGGGUCAAAAAAUGUCUAAAGGCUUUUUAAACUUGAUACUAAUGUAGGUUAGAUCAUUGCUCGUGUAUAAACUUAAGCCGCAUAAACCAUACGCUCGACUUCAGGAAACCGAAAAAAAAAAAAACACAUCAAAGAGAAUAAUUGCUCAGGCUUACCAGUCGAGAUGCUGCUUCUGAAGGUCAUCAAGUGUUCCAGAAUCGCUUGAAACUUUUCAACCCUCUUACGCCUCAAGCAAGGCCGAGCGAGUAAGCUCAUUUUUGAAAACGAUGCCAUCCGAAAUCGGAUUUCCAAUGACUUUGACAAGCGGUGCAUUUGUCAACAAAAAGCGCAAUAAACAAACCAGCCACGAAUUACAGAACAAUCUUGAUAGCAGCUGUAUUUCAUUUUGUACAACAAGUAGAAAAAGACAGUUUAAAACAUCACAAGAUGACACAAAACUCUGUCAGCUCUAGCUAUCAGUAAGCAAGUUUCCAGACGCUGCAUAAAUUUUCCGCAUAAACUCACCUGUCAAAUUUUGACUAAUCAGAACAUAAAAAUUGGACGUAGAGCGUGAUCGACGCGUGACAGUGAGAAAAGUCAAAAGCGAUUGCCUUCCCUGCAUGGAAAUGUAAAAGCUGGUUGAAUUUUCGUGUUCGAGGUUAGUUCGAAAUCAACAUUUUAAAAGUGCGGCUCCUGAAACACGACUUCUUUCAUAUGCAUUUUAAAAAAAUUGAACUUGGGCCUGUGAUCAUUAGAAAAGUAGCAACUUGUCAGCGGAUACCUUCAAAAAAUUACUCGAACUCAGAGGAUCAAUACCUGAGCCCGUGAUAUGGUCAGGCGAUACUGGUCAGCAGAAACACUAUUUUGACAGCUGUCAAUUAAUCAAAACAUGGAAGUACAAUAUCAGGUUGCAGGCUCCCAAACUAGCUAGAAAGUGUGAGAUUAAACAUUGGUAUGCCUGUGUUGCGGACAGACGGAAGGUCGGGUGGUCGGUGUACGGUCACGUGAUUGCCGAAUUUUCUAGGAUGGAUAGAUUUUCUAUAAAGCUAUGGGGCUUCGAAUUGAGCCCGUGAUCAAAUAAAAUAUCAGCGCAAAACUUUAAACACUACGUGACCUCAAUGGAUAGGAAAAUGAGCCCGCGAUACACUCAGGUGAUGAUGGUCAGCGUAUACUCUAGUUUGACAGCUGUCAGUUAACCUUCAUUAGAAUGGCGAAUAUUCGAAUUAACAGACAUGUAGUGGAAAAUGCCAGAUCGUGUACCUGAGCGAACCUGAGCCCACGUUAUUCUCGGCUUGCACUGUCACGCAAUGAAAAAUAAAAAUGCAAACCAUUCAAUACAGAAGGACUAGAAUCUGGGAAAUGAAAAAAGAUAAAUAUACAAAUACCCUUGCCAAGAAUCAGGUCUGUGAAAUAUUUCAAAUUCGAGAUACUGGGAAAAACGGUUUACCUAAAUUUAUAAAGCUUUCUAUGGAAACGCCAUGUUGGUGUCCCUUUCAGGAGCACCAAUAUGGCCGCCGGAUACCAACAGAAACAUCUGUUUGCGAGUUUUCCUACUAAUGCGUGAAUUCUCCGCUUGAGGAACUCAUAAACAUUACAGUAAUAUUUAUUCUGAGACAAGGAAUGUUUAGAUUGCAAAAUCUCCCAAAAUCGGUAAUGUUUUUAACCCACAUAAGAGCUUUGCCUCCCGUCAGCUAAAUGCCGCGUCACGCAAAAGCCUGGAAAUUCAAGCGUCCUCUCUCGAAAAACGAAGAACCCUUUCGAACCAAAAAUUUGUUUAUGUAAAGAUGUUUAGGUACUGUAAUACCUCGUGAAAGUAGAAACUCAGAAGAAUCGAUAGUUUCUUAGUUUGAUUUUUGGCGACGUCACGUGCAACCCAAGAAUUAGUUUUCUGAUAGUGGUCUGCACAUGUCCCAUUUUGACAGCUGUCAAUUGACCUUAAUUUGGCUUGCUAAUGUAACUUUAAACGACAGUCAGCCAACUGACAGCCCUGCCCGGCGUAGUUUCGUUUUUAUGUUGAAUUGGUAGGUGUGACAUAUUAUGUUAGCUUAUAUAUAGGGGCUAAACGACUGGUCUUUUAUUUGAGCCCGCGAGACGGUCAUGUGAUAAUUGUCAGCGGAUGUCUGACUUUCCUUUUCUUUUUUGUUCCAGAAUGGUUCUCCAGUUGAGCUGCCAACAGGAUCAAACAGUAUGCACGAAUAUGAAAUAACAAUAAUAACAGGAGACUGGAGGAACUCCGGAACAACAGCUAAAGUUGCUAUAGAGAUAUAUGGCUCCGAAGAAAGCACCGGGAAGGUUCCGCUCAACAACAUGGAGGAUGCCCCUACGGACACACUUUUUUCUAGAGGGAAUACGGACGUUUUUGUUCUUAAAGUUGAAAAACCACUCGGUCAUAUUGAAGGGGUGAGGUUUGGGCAUGAUAAUUCUGGAAAUAGUCCUUCGUGGUUUCUAGAGGAAAUCAUUGUUCUUGACAAACAAACGCUUUGCUCUUGGACAUUCACGAAUACUCAGUGGCUAGCUCUUGAAAGAGGAGAUGGUAGGAUUGAACGGAUGUUGGAGACAGAACAAAAUAGAAUAGAUUUCAACAGCGAGGUUUUGAAGCGAUGGUGGAAAGGACUCACAGAAAAACACAUAUGGAUCUCAGUUAUAGCGAAGCCUAGGAGAAAUCGCUUCACACGGGUACAACGGGCGUCAUGCUGUCUUUCACUGCUAUUGACAGCUAUGCUUGCAAACGCCAUGUUUUAUGAACUGGACGGAAAAUCAGAGAAUGUGAUUCAGAUCGGACCUUUGAAAUUCACUUGGAGACAAGUAGUUAUUGGUAUCGAAAGCGCGCUCAUUGUUGCCCCUAUAAACAUUUUGAUCGCAUUCCUGUUUCAAAAAGGGACCGAAAACACCGAGAGUCUGACCCGUGUUAGCUGGUUUUUUUUCGCCUGGUUUUUAUUCGUUUGUUCAUGUUCUGUUUCAGCGACGUUUACCAUCUUCUACAGCUUGGUCUGGGGAAAGGAAAUCAGUGAGCAAUGGCUGUCUUCCAUGUUUAUCUCUUUCACCCAGGAUAUGGCCAUUACUCAGCCAGUCAAACUGUUCUUUACCGCAAUAGUACUGUCAGCCAUAAUUAUCAGAGAAAAGAGAAAGAAAGAUGGUAAAGAAUACGUAAAAGAAGGUAAAACUCGAAUUUCAACAAAAGGACAUUUAUGGAAGAUGAAGCUGAAAGAAGUAGAGGAGAUGAGAAGGCGUCAGGCGAAAAAACAAAAUAUAUCUCGGUUCUUUGUGGAACUUUUCAUCUACCUUAUUUUUGUUUUCUUGUUGAUGGUGGUUUGUUAUGGUAGUAGAAAUGAACAUCGAUACAUGAUGACAAAAUCCAUCUCAGAAGGACUGCCAAGAUUUGAAACGGUAAGUAAAAUUUCCUUAAAAAUACUGCUGAAGUCUUUUCUCUUUUUCAUGAUGUUCUCUAUGAUUGUUUACACUGAAAACGGGGAUCAUCGUCCACCAGAUCCCUUUAGUUGGGCCUGAGGGAUUACUCCCUGGUUACUAUUUUAGAGCCAAAAAUACAUGAAAGGGUAAGAUCGGCAGAAUUUCAGAACUACCACUGGAACGAUGGCUGAUUCCCCUAAUAUGUAGCAGCCUAGUCAAAUCGUUUCUGUAGGGAUAGCGUAGUGUAGCGUUUUAGUCUGUAAGUGGUAAGCAAAAAGGAAAGGAUUUGGGCCUCUGGCGGCUCCGUCAAACACAGUUUAAUACACCCCCCCUCCGCCACCUCCUCCUCCUCGUUGGGAAAUAAGGGGCCAUUUUCCCUUCUUAAGCCCUUGCAUAAGAAACAGGAAAAGUAGAUUCUUUUGUUUGCGUAGUUGCUUUGGCUUUGUUGAUGCCUUUAGAGUGUGUGAGUUCGAGGAAAUUACCAAUGUGAACCAAAGAAAGACUAAUUGAUAUGCCACUACUUCAUCGAUUGAUUGAUUUGUAUUUGCCAUUUUUCUUUCUCGCAGAAUAGACUGAACUCAUUUUUAACAAACUAGUGCACGAACCACGACCAUUUUUUGUUCAUUAUUUUCUUUUUGCUGUUUUUGGGAUACCAGGUUUUUAACAAGAAACAGUACUGGAGCUGGGUUAAAAAUGUUUUUUUACCGGGUGUAUUUGCUGGUAGAUGGUACAACGGACGUCCCGAGAAUCAAACUAUGUACAUCGGAAAUAAACGUUCAGUCUUAGUUGGAAUGGCUAAAGGAAGGCAACUUAGAGUUCAACCUGGUGAGUCUGGAAAUUAUUUUGAAACUUGAGUGAAAAAAGAAAAUUUCGCGUCAUGUCAUUCUUUUCAAAAUGCUCUCAUAAAGUGCGAAUAAGUGGUCAUUUCCUCCGCAUAUGGUAAAUACUCAGUGGUUGUAUAGACGCAGGCACAGAAGGAGCGGAAACGUGACGUGGGCCAUUUUUCCUAAUUUUUCGGCAUCAACAUUUUAUGUUCUUGAUGGCAGCUUAACUGUGAAUCUGACACUGCAAAAACAACAACCGCGCUUGUUUAUGUUUGUGCAAAAUUAUAUGUAAAGAAAAAUAAUAGCUUUCUGAUGGCAGAAAAAAUCCAAGCGGAGACGGGCCGCAUACUUAAGUAAGAUAGGAAAAAAAUGAAAAACAAAUGUAUCUCCAGUUCCUUACUCCAAUUCUUGUCGAAAUUUUCUACAAUUAUCUGAUAGGCUCCUUUUCUCCUUAAACAUCUGCAGAGACUUGUGAUGUUUUGGAUUACAUGAAACAUAUGUUUCCUGUUUGCUACGGCGGGUACUCACGCUUAAACGAAGAUAAGACAUCCUUCAACAAGCCGGGCUGGAAGCCUGUCGACAACUCCACGAAUAAAGAUGAACUUUCCCGACUUUGCCCGAAGCCUUGGAGAUACCAAGGUGCCGAGGAUACGGACACGGUGCCUAAGUGGGGACAGUUCUCGUUUUAUCCUGGUGGAGGUUUCGUGGCCGACUUAGCUUAUGAAAACGGGACAGGCUUUACCGUUAUAGAAACAUUACAAAACAAUGACUGGUUCGACAGGCGAACCAGAGCCAUUAUAUUGGAAUUUUCCUCUUUCAAUCCAUCUGUUAAUUUACUUUGCAUCGCGACGUAUUUCUAUGAGGUAGAGGCUUCCGGAUACAGCGCCCCAUUCACGAGAACCGAAGUGAUUUCACUAAACUCAACUGGGGAUGGCUUGCAACAAUUUUACCUCAUCUGUGUUUUAUUCUUUAUCAUAUUUGUCGCGUUUUACCUCGGAAGAGAGUGCUACAGGCUGUACAAAGAACGUUCUCGAUACUUUAAAUCUUUAUGGGGUUGGGUAGAAAUACUCCAAGUAUUGUUUUCCUUCUUGGCUGUAGUAAUAUACAUCGUGAGAUCCAAAAAGACGACCUCUACGAUUCAGAAGCUUCAGAAAAACAUUUACGCAAACCUCAGUUUUCAAGAAGUCAUCCUUUCGCUUGAAAUAGAGAACGCUGUUCUGGGGAUUUUAACAUUUAUUGUCACUGCCAAACUUCUGAGACUUAUUCGCUUCAAUCAACACGUUGUCGUGUUUUCAAAAACACUGAAGACCUCUGGGCGACUGUUGUCAUCAUUUAUCGUUAUUAUGUUGAUCUGCUUUACUGCCUUUCUGCAUUUCGGGGUUUUGAUCUUCGGGACGGGUUCGAGGCAUUACUCGUCGAUACUCAGAGCCACGUAUUUUCAACUCGAACUGACUCUAGGGCGCGUGAAAGCGAGACCCAUCUAUGAACUGGCAAAUGUCAACGACACUUUUGGAAGACUUUUUGCUGUGUUACUUCUCUUUACCCUGACGAUGUUGGCCAUGAAUUUUUUUAUUGCUAUUAUGAACGAUGCUCUUAUGAAUGCAAAGACCUGCGCGAGUGAAAAUGAGCUCUACGACCUUCUGGAUGAAAAUUGGAGUCAAAAGGAAGGAGAGAAUAGACGCAUAUUUGACGCUAUAAGUGAAAGUAUAAAACUAACGAAAGGAAAUGAAGAAACAGUGAAGAUGGCGAAAAAAGAGAUUAGGAAUUGCUUCGAAUAUCCCAACAAAAAAAGAGUGGUCAAUUUUGAUGCAAAUAGCAAAGCAAUAAUAGCAUCAAGAGAAGAAAGCGUGGAAAAUUCAACAGAGAAGAAGCUUACUGCCAACAUGAGGAGAAAAUCCUUGUUUGAUAAGAUCAGUGAUUACAUUUGGAAAACGUUUACGACUAGCGAAGAACACAAAAUAAAGAAAGAACUAAGAUCGUCACACAGUCAACAGCAUCGCAAAGUACGCUUCUCAGAAGACGUUAUCAAAUGUCAGUUUCAGAAGCUACAAAAACAGAAAAAGUUCCUUUUUCAGCGCUUAGAUAAUAUAAUUCAAGGUUACUCUGAAGAAGACGAAAGUUUCCAGCUGUUAUGUUACGAAGUUGGUUAUUCCUCCAAAGAAUCCACCACAGCCGCUGACCAAGGAACCACGAAUGACUCAUUUGCAUGA